AAGGUGGAGAACUACGCCAAGGCAAUCAACAUGCUGUACUGUGCGGUCAAUCCUGAUGAUUAUCGCAAGAUCUCUUGCUGCACCACUGCAAAAGAAAUGUGGGACAAGCUGGAAGUCACAUAUGAAGGUACGGACCAAGUUCGGGAAGCCAAAAUUGACUUCCUAACGCAGGAGUACGAGAUGUUCAGGAUGAAGGAAGGCGAAAAGAUCGAUGACAUGUUCGAUCGGUUCUCAAAGAUCAUCAACGACCUUCACGCUCUCAAGAAGACGUACGCCAACAAGGACCUUGUGAGGAAAAUCGUGCGGAGUCUCACACCCGAAUGGAGAUCAAAGGCUCACGCAAUCUACGAAUCCAUCGGAGUCUCCAAUGUCACCAUCGACGGGCUAAGAGGUAACCUCAAAACUUAUGAAUCUACUAUUCUAACUCUGUCUUUGGAUGAACAAAAGAAGAUGGGAAUAACACUGAAAGCAACCAAGGAGACCGUGGAAGAAGACUCAAGCGAUGAUGACAAUGAGUUCGGACUCGUCAUCAAGAAAUUCCACAAAUUUAUGAAGAAGGAAUUUAAGCGCAAAGGAAGAAAGCACGACGGUCCCCCGAAGUGCUAUGGCUGUGGUGAGAUAGGCCACAUAAAGCCGAGGUGUCCAAAAGGCAAAAGCGGCAAGGACAAACCUGGCUUCAAAAAGCAACGUGCCUACAUCUCAUGGGGUGGCGACUCCGGAGAUGAGUCAACGGAUCAAGAAGAGGAAGAAGCCGCCAACCUCUGUCUCAUGGCACACGAAGACCACGUCAACGAAGUACAAGAGAACCGGCGUGGUAGUUUCUUCGUCGUCUCGAAUUUCUUCGAGCUCUAUCUUUCUCCCACUAGUUGCGUUGGAGAGAAAUUCCUUCUCGAGGAAGACACCAUUGCGAGCAACGAAUACCUUCUUAUCGAUAGGGUGAUAGAAUGAAUACCCUUGAGUUUCCUUUGGCAUUCCCGACCGAUGUAGCUUGGAUAUGUGUUUCUCGUUUAUAUGGCCUAACCUACAAUGCCAUAGGUAUGUUUGGUUCAAACCGUUCGGUUUGUUCCUCUUGGCUGAUAUGUUAUAGACAGGCAUGUCCAAGUCAAGGACAUAUAACCCAUUGGUCAUGUUGGCAUUAGCAUAGAAAACAUUCUUUCU